AUGAAAGAGGGUGAGAUCGUCGACCCAGUGCAGUCCAAUGACAAGGAUGACAAUCCGCCGAGCUACGCCCACGCGGAAAAGAAAGAGACGCCUGGGCUCCCCGAUAUUGAGGGGACUCGAAAUGUUGGAGAAUUCUGUCGCAAGUUCGACCUGAUGGACGACGUGGAGACUUUCAAAAAAGGCGCACUAAUCUCUCAAAACCCUGAGUCGGCCACAAUGCUACCAGAGCUAAGUGAAGUUGAAAGGGAGUCUCUCGUUCGUGAGCAUACCCACAAAUGGCAUCAACCCUGGCAGCUCUACUUCCUCGCAAUUAUGUGCUCACUGGCGGCCGCUGUGCAGGGAAUGGACGAGACGGUCAAUAAUGGUGCACAAGCUAUCUACUUGAAGCGACUGGGAAUUGAAAACAGCGACAAUCUUACUGGUCUGGUCGUCGGCGCGCCUUACCUAGCCUGUGCCAUUUUGGGAUGUUGGCUCACUGAACCUUUGAACCGAUACUUCGCACGUCGAGGAACUAUCUUCAUUUCCUGCUUUAUCGCGGCGGUUGCCUCGGUGUGGGAAGGGGUGUGUAACUCUUGGGUCAAUCUCUUCCUUGCUCGUUUCGUGCUUGGCCUAGGUAUUGGCUCCAAAUCUUCCACCGUUCCCGUGUAUGCUGCCGAAUGCUCUCCGGCCCCAAUCCGAGGUGCGUUGGUAAUGAUGUGGCAGAUGUGGACAGCAUUUGGUAUCAUGUUGGGUAACAUCAUGGGAGUCGCCUUCAUGAAUGUCGGCAACGACCUUAAUUGGCGUCUUAUGUUGGGCUCGACUGUGGUGCUUCCCUUGGUUGUCUGCGCCCAGGUCUAUAUCUGCCCAGAGUCGCCCAGAUGGCUGAUCCAGCAUAACAAGAUCCAAAAGGCCUACACGAACUUUAAGAUUCUUCGGCCGACGGAGCUGCAGGCUGCACGAGACCUGUACUAUGCCUAUGUCGGAGUGGAGCUAGAGCGACAGAUCAAUAAGGGCAAGAACUUCUUCACCAUGUUCAUGGAGCUCUUUACGAUCCCGCGGAACCGCCGUGCUACCCUGGCCAGUUGGAUCGUGAUGUUCAUGCAGCAGUUCUGCGGAGUCAACGUCAUUGCAUACUACUCCACUACGAUCUUUCAGGAAUCUGGCUACGGUCUAUCCAACGCACUGCUGGCAUCCAUGGGCACGGGUAUCCUCAACUGGGUCUUUGCUCUUCCAGCCGUGUUCACGAUUGAUACAUGGGGUCGGCGCAACCUGCUCCUCUUUACCUUCCCGUUCCUCGCAAUCUUCCUUUUCUGGUCAGGUUUCUCCUUCUGGAUCGAACCGGAGAUCACAAAUAGCAAGAAGAGAGUUGCGAUGGUGACCACGGGCAUGUACCUGUUUGAAGUCUUUUACUCCCCGGGUGAAGGACCGGUCCCCUUUACCUACUCAGCCGAGGCAUUUCCCCUACACGUUCGUGAAGUCGGCAUGUCGUGGGCUACUGCUACGACGUGGUGCUUCAAUUUCAUCCUGUCUUUCACCUGGCCGCAUCUGCUCCGCUCGUUCAAGCCCCAGGGAGCUUUCGGGUGGUACGCGGCUUGGUGCGUAAUCGGCUGGUUUUUGGUUCUGCUAUUUGUUCCUGAGACCAAGGCUCUCACCCUAGAAGAACUAGACCAGGUCUUUUCUGUUCCUACCAGGAAGCAUGCCUCGUACCAGCUCAAGAAUGCUUGGUGGCACUUCCGAGUAUGGGUCCUCCGCCGGAAACUGGAGCCUCUGCCCAAAUUCUACCAAGGUGCAUCCCGCCUUGCUGAGGUUGGUAACACUGCGUCCGAGUAG